GCUCCAAUAGCUUCAAUAGCUCCCACGACCACGGUGCUAUCACUGAAAGAAGACUCUUAAGAUAAGGCUCACGUCUACAUCGCUCUUUACAUGACUCCAAACCUCUCCGAUUAACGUUAAGCGCCCGUCCCUCUUCCUCCGCCCGUUCCACACCUCGGCUCGGUUCAUGACGCCCGCCCGGUGGCUAUCGGCGUCUGUGCGACAUACGCGACCAGCUCUCCUCCUUCGCUGCCUACCUUUGACUCUCACAAUGUCCUUCUCCACAUUUACCAUUCCUCGCAAUCUGGACCAUAAUGGCUCGGCUACUCUACCCGUCUCCUGUCCGGCAGACCUGUCUCGUGAAGAUCUGCUGCGAUUCCCAGCUUUCCGUAUCUGGCUCACCACCUUGCAACACUCCUUGAGUCGCCAGCAACAACCUUCCCACGAGUUCUCCAAAGACCCCUACGUCCUGCGGAAAAUUGAAAUCCAGAGCGUGGACCGCUUCGGUGGUGGCCGUCUAGGCUUCUUGAAGUUCAAAGCGGAGGUGUCAAAUGAGAAUGGAGAGACCCUCCCGGGAAGCGUGUUCUUGCGCGGUGGCAGCGUAGGCAUGUUGCUCAUACUUCAACCAGACGAUGUGCCUCCAUCGGCAGAAGAUGAGAAGCGUGCCAUUUUAACCAUCCAACCUCGUAUCCCCGCGGGUUCUCUUGCGUUUCCCGAAAUUCCAGCCGGCAUGCUCGAUGACAGUGGAUCGUUCGCUGGUGGUGCAGCAAAGGAGAUUCAAGAGGAAACAGGCUUGACAAUACCACAGGAGGAGCUAAUUGACAUGACAUCGCUAGCUCUGCAGUCCGUGCCAGAAGAGGGCGAGACGUUGCAAAAGGCAGUAUACCCGUCGGCCGGUGGGAGCGACGAGUUUAUUCCUUUGUUCUUAUGUCAGAAGCGCAUGUCGCGCAAGGAAAUUGACAGCCUGCAAGGACGACUAACUGGGUUACGACAGCAUGGUGAGAAGAUCACGUUGAAGGUGGUACCGUUGCGCGAUCUAUGGAAAGAGGGUCUGCGGGAUGGGAAGACCCUUGCCGCGUGGGCUCUAUACAAAGGCCUCAAGGAGGAGGGGCUGCUGUAGGCGGAUUUCCACAUUCCGCAGCUGUUUGUGGGCUCUAAUACUGGAAGCAGUAACACUCACACCAAUGUAAAUAUAUCGCAUUCGACAGUAUAUCGACUCUAACGGCAGUGUCGUCAGAAUACCAUAGGAUGUGCAGAUCCAUGGUACGGGACGAAGACGGAGCCAAAGCUGAAACAUCUACAUACAGCUCAAAGCUUGAAUCUCUUCGCAAGUUCGAUUCCCUCAGCUAUUGUGCCCACCCGAGCAUCAAUAGCAUAUCCCUCCCGCUCCAGCUUCUUCAUGUCCUCAAAUAACGAAGACAAAGGCACAGUGAAGCACUCGAUGAACUCAUUGUCUUCGAGCUGGGGCUUCGGGUUCUGAUUCUCCGGCAACGAC